AUGACUACGCUCGCGACGGUUGUAGAUCUCCAGAGCGUACACUCGUUAGCAAACAAGCUCUACUGCCGAUGUAUGCCAGAACUUCUCCGCUUCCACUUACUAUCGCAAGCGCUGACGUUGCUCCAGGUCAAGAGCAGUUGAGUGGGUCCAAAGCGAUAGCUCGAAGCCUGAGAAGACUCCGCAACAAGUUGGAAGAGGCCGAAGAGGUUCUUGACGAGGCUCCGACCCAGCAUGAAGAUGUUCGUGUGCUGCAAGCCGCGGGUGAAAGCAAGAAUGUCCUGAACAUACUUGAUCUCGCGUUGCAGCACCAUCGCAGUGCGACCACAAGAGAGACCCAAGACGAAGGCUUUGUGUCGGACUUCCUUACACUGAUUGAAUCAGUCACGAGCAAGCUCUCAGACUCUCUCGCUGCUUUGGAAGGGCAAAAAGGCACUGCGGGACUGUUGGAGGCGUCACAUGCUCACCCGACAUCAUCUCCCAUCUUUCGGUCGCCCUCUGCGUCCACUGCAAGUGAUGACCCCCGAAGAAACGUGAGCACGGCAUCUACGCCGUUCUCAUUCCGUCGCGGCCAGUUGAGCAUGAUCUCCGACAACACGAGCCUAAGCAGCGGGACUCAGGAAUUGACAAAGGAGAAAGCCAUAACACCAGCGCCGUGUGGGACAGUUAAAGCGAAUGGCUACAGGAGCUCACAGUCUAUGCCGGGUGUCAUGGAACAGCACAAAUCCGCAUUUGUCGACCCGAUGUCCCACAACAUUGACCAGGCGACGUCGAUGAUUCUGCAGCACGAAGCUGUACACGUCGCAUCUCGAUAUCGGGUAGUGAACCCCGAUCCUACAAUAGAUACUGAUAAUGCCGAUCAGCAAUAUCCAGCGACCGAUUAUGGUGGCCUACAGCAGAUGAGCUCGACUUCUGCGCGAGUUGCAUUGCCAACAAGGAUUCCAGACACCACUACUUUUACCUCAGGACGUGUUCAAAUUACAUCAAUAAACGAUCAGCAAACCAGGGGGAGGGAGAAGAAGUCAAGAUCACCCCGGUCCAAAUCGCCAGUGCCUGAUAACACUGGUGAGAGUGAGAACAUGAUGCCACAGAGACGCACAGCCAGUACGCCUCUCCAACCUACUCUGAGCAUCGGGGGAUUGGAAGUCGUCACGCAUGAUCUCAAAAGAUACGUGCAACCGAAAGCCAACCCAAACGUCGAGCCCACCAUGGCGCCGAAGGCCGAACUUGCUGGUCUUGGCAUUCACGACUCACAAGAGGUCCCAAGAUUCUAUGCAGGCACAGGUAUUUGACGCUGUCUCGAACUCACGAGCGUGAAUGGCACUGAUUGUCUACGCAGAUCACAAAUCCGAACACGAGCGUAUCGCAUCCAUUGUCAAGCUUUGGAACGACUGUCGCUGGAUUGAUGCAGGAGAGCAGAUCGCGAGCCACUUGGACAGACAGCUUGAACGUGGCGACCAAAGCCUGGCUCGAAGAUUGCGACAUUUAACGGGCGUUCUUGCAAGUCUUCAAGGGCAGUGGCAUCGAGCACUGGUCAUCUUCGUUUCUGUGUUGAACGCACCCAUCACAGAGCCUUCUCAGUUGGACGCUGGCGACUGCGCUGCUGCAUACUGGCUGGGUGACACCUAUGCGUUGCUCGAUCGAAGGGUCGAGGCAUUGCUCGCAUACUCGAUAGCCGAGCGUAGUCCUCUCUUCCAGGAUUCGACAAAGCAUCGCUUGCAUCAGUGCAUACGAACUGACCAGGAUGCAUGUCGAGCAGCAAAGGGGGUCCCCGACACCAAGCUAUGGGAACAAGAAAGGCUCAGUAGGAAUUUUGACGCUGGAGACUCGAUUCUCAACCCCCAGAUCAUCACCGGAGGUGCAGCAAAGGCUUUCCUCAGCUACGUCCGCUCGCAACCGGAACAGGCGUCUGCGAAGCAGUCCACCCUGGAUCCUAACGAUGGCAGAGCCUUCUCGCUCUGGAAAUUCGGCCUCGACGCUGUCCCUUGGCAAGAAAUGCAGAGGCUCCAAAUCGACCCGGUGUGUUUUACUCCAUCCGGUCCAUGGCCCUUGGAAUUCGACCCACAAUUCGCGAUGGCGAACGUCUCCAACGGUAGACUACUCUCUCACUCUUGCGACCUGCUGCAACUCGUGACUUCGAACCACAAAAUCGCCAAAGCAGGCGGUUUCCGCAAGAAAACGCUCGACUGCUUCACGCAUCCCGACCUGUCCUGGCUCAUCCAAACCAUCAGACAAUGUCUCCGAUGGCUCGGAGUCGAAUGGUCGGAAUCGAGCGAUGCGCAGACGACUUUCUUCGCGGCUCGCUACGCCUCUGCAGAAGACCGCGUGGCGACCAUCCACUACUUUUCCCUCCAUCUCUUCCGCCUGUCCUUCCGCUCGGGCUACGGCGUCGAUCUCUGUCCCGGCGGCAUUGCGAGCGCGAGAAUCCUCCGACGGCAGGCGAAUUUCGACAAGGGCGUUCACUUGCACGAGACGAAGAGGCUUCGGAAGAUGGUGAGGGAAUUUUUGGACACGGCAGCUGGGAAGCUGGAAGAUGAGGCUUUCAGAAGUACCGCGUUGCCUGUCAUGAGUAUCAACGGCGUGACGGGAUUGCACCGGAGGCCGACAAAUGCGCAGAUGACAGCAGUACCUUCUUCAUCGGCUGGCUCUAUUAA